UCUGAGACUGCAAGUCUGCAAAAAGAGAGAGAGAGAGAGAGAGAGAGAGGGAGGUAAAAAGGAAGGAGCGAAGCAGCGAGAGGUCUGGUGUCUGGAUCUCUCUUUCUCAGUCUCAAGCGACGCCUUCGAAUAUGAGGAUUCGAAAGCAUGCCCAGAGGUCCCAGGCCUUGUGUCUCCCCUCUUCCGAGCUUCCUUCACCAAACCCACGCCGGAGCUGGAGCCCCUCGACCCGCGUGUGCGAGCUCAACCGCUCGCCAUGGGAUGUGAUGUCCUUCACUUCGGAGGCGAUGAGAGAUGAUGGCUUCAGCGGCAACGAGAGCGGAGGAGAAACAUUUGGUGCAGUGGAGAGCAACAAGGGAACCUGGGAAGAAGACGAUGAUGGUAAGCUAAACCUGGAAGGAAGGAACAUUUCGGACAUUUCAUGGUCGUCAUCAUCUCCGACGGUGGCCAUCUCGGUCUCAGGAAGGGAAAGGAGGAGGAAAGAAGGGAGCUUUAUAUGCUGCAAUAAGACGGAUGGGAAGGGAUGGAAGUGUAAGAAAGAGGCAAAACGAGGGCAUUCUCUAUGUGAGCACCACCUGUUACAGCUCAAGUCUUACUAUACCAAUAACAAGAGUGGGAACAAUCGUAGUAGCUUCUUGUCUGGCCGGGGAGGGAAAUCCGUUGAAGCUCAUCCAUCUGCUGCGGCGGCCCAUAACGGCUAUCGUGGAAAGAAGUCUUCUUCGAAGACGUCGUCCUCCAAUUACUAUUACUACACAGGUUUUGGUCCUUUAUGGGGAAAGGGAAGAGGAGAAGACAAGAAGAAAGAUAUGGAAGUCGAUUCUGGACCUUCUUCCUCUACUACUCCAUCACUAUCGUCCCGUGGUGAUGGUGGUGGUGAUGAUGAUUAUGAUGACGACGAUGACGAUACUGAAGACGAUGAUGAUGGUAAAGUUGAUAAGAAGAGAGCUCGAAAGCCUGUCAAGACUCGAUCUCUCAAGUCACUGCUUUAGUUUGAGGAAGAUAGAAGAGAAUUGCUAAGGAGGAAGAACUAAGAAGGCAGGAAAGAUGAUGAAUUGUUGUAAACUUUGUCGAGAACUUUUGUUUUCUGGGCUUAUUGAAGGAUUUUAUUAGAAAAAAAAAAAAAAAAAAAGGCUUAUUG